CUCGGCGCGCUGCGCAGGGAGGGUUUACACGGGCUGGGUGCGCACCGCCCCGGAGGCGUGGCGCUCGCAGGCCGGGCUGGAGGCUUUUUCAGCUGAGGAGUUUCGGGUCCUGUGCCAAGCGCUGGAGCGUCUCCUGCGCUCGCUCCCAGUUCCCCGCAGAGGGGAGGCGCAGCAGCCCGGAACGGAGCGUGUCUCCAGCCUGAGACAGGGCUCAGGGAGCAGGAUCCCGGCCCCCACUUGUGCCCGAGAGCCAUGGCUUUGCCCAGGGCAUCCCCGGGGUCCUAAGCACUCUGACCCAAAAGGCGGGAGUGGUGGGGCUCUCCGCGUGCCAGUCCAGCUGUUCCUGGCACCCCCCUACUGGCUGGGGCAGCUGGCGGGACACCUGCCGGAGCCGGACCCUAUGCCAGGCUCAGCCGCGGGCCAUGCAGGUGGCCUGGGACAGGCAGGGCAGAUGGCAUGUCGGACCUCUCCUCGAGGACUUGCCAACACCUCCAGGUGGGCUUGGAGACCCCACUGCUGAAGGGCAUCUGCUGUACCUGCUCUUGAGGAAGAUGCACUUGUUCCGGAGCUACAGCUACCAGAUCCAGCUGGAGGGUGAGGCGGGCAGCCUGCCCAGGAUACAGGGCAUCCGAUGGACGCCGCUCCCUGACAGCGAAUCAGCCCCAGACUGCGGGCAGAGCCUUACGCAGGCACCUACAGAGAAGAUUUGGAGAGCAGGGAGACUCCUGUACAGCCACCUCGUGAGCUCCCGUCCUGGCCUCAUCCGUGAUCACAAGUACCACCUCAGGCACCACAGGCAUUGUUGCUCCGGGAAGGAGCUGGUGGACUGGCUGCUCAGCGCAGGGCUGUCCAUCCAAACGCGGGGCCAGGCCAUUGGGGUUUGCCAAGUGCUGGUGGAUGGAGCAGUCCUGACUCAUGUGAAGCAGGAGUGGCAUUUCCAGGACAAGGAUGCCCAAUUUUACCGCUUUGCCGAGGGGGAGCUGAGUCUGGAGCCUGGCACCUGGGACACUGAGGAGCUACUGGAGGCAUUGGCCUUUCUGGCCCAGCUGGGCCCUGAUGCACUGCUCACCAUGGCCCUGCGCAAGCCCCCUGCACAGCGCACAGAGGACGAGCUGGAGCUCAUCUUUGAGGAGCUGCUGCACAUCAAAGCUGUGGCCCAUCUUUCCCACUCGGUGAAGCGGGAGCUGGCCUCUGUGCUACUGUUUGAGUCACACCCCAAAGCGGGCACCGUGUUGUUCAGCCAAGGAGACAAAGGCACCUCGUGGUACAUCAUCUGGAAGGGCUCAGUGAAUGUGGUCACUCAUGGCAAGGGCCUGGUGACCACCCUGCAUGAGGGUGAUGACUUUGGACAGCUGGCACUGGUGAACGAUGCCCCCCGAGCCGCCACCAUCAUCCUGCGGGAGGACAACUGCCAUUUCCUGCGUGUGGACAAGCGAGACUUCAACCGCAUCCUCAAGGAUGUCGAGGCCAAUACCAUGCGCCUGAGGGAGCACGGGAAGGUGGUGCUAGUGCUGGAGAAGAACCUGCAGGGCAGCGGCUGCAGCAACCAGUCACCGUCUGCGGGGAGCAGUAGGUACUCGGUGAUGGCCGGGACCCCUGACAAGAUCCUGGAGCAUUUGCUGGAAGCCAUGAGGCUGGAUGCGACGUUCUCAGACCCCCUGGAUACCUUGAUUGGGGAUUUCCUGCUGACCUACAAUGUGUUCAUGCCGACCACCCAGCUCUGCAGAGCCCUGCUGCACCAUUUCCAUGCGGAGCCAUCAGAGGGCUCGGAGCAGGAGAAGGCUGUCUACUCCCUCAGCAAGCGGCAGAAGAUCCUGAGGCUGGUCAGCCAGUGGGUGCUGCUCUAUGGGCACCUGCUGCAGGCUGACCACAGUGCCAUAACCCUGCUGCAGAACCUCUCAGACUUUGUGAGCCGGGAUCCUCGCCUGUGCAGCCUGCUCCGGGACCAGACACAGGAUCGUCGGAGGAACAGAACACUGGAGAACGGUGGCGGAAGCACAUCUCCACAGCCCAAGGUUCGGAGCACAGUGAACUGGAUCGCCAGCCUGGAGGAUGCCACACUGAAUAACAGCUGUGCCAUCGGGGCCCAGGACAAAGUGCCCUAUGAUGUCUACAGAGCGGACCACUCCUGCCUCACCGUGGUGCUGCCAGUGAACGCCUCCGUGCGCGAUGUGCUCCAGUCCCUCGCCCAUCGGGAGGGCGGGCAUGGUGAGCGCAUGCUGGUCAAAGUCAACUCAGCAGGGGAUAAAGCGGGGCUGCAGAUGGACACCAUCAGCGUGUACACGUCUCUGGGCCUGAACGAGAGACUCUUUGUUGUGAAUGUCCAGGAGCUGCACACCCUGACCCCUCAUCCUGAGCAGUUGGGACCCACCGUUGGCUCCUCGGAGACCCUGGACCUCAUCAGCUCCAAGGACUUGGCCAGUCAGCUGACAGAUUAUGACUGGAACCUCUUCAGCAGCGUCCACCAGGUGGAGCUGAUCUAUUACACCUUUGGGCAGCAGACGUUUCCCAGCGCAACCACGGCGAACCUGGAGCGCGUCAUGCGGCGCUUCAACGAGCUGCAGUACUGGAUCGCCACCGAGCUCUGCCUCUGUGCGGAGCCGGGCAAGCGGGCCCAGCUGCUCAGGAAGUUCAUUAAACUGGCUGCACACCUUAAGGAGCAGAAAAACCUGAAUUCCUUCUUCGCAGUGAUGUUCGGUCUGAGCAACACGUCCGUGAGUCGCCUCUCCAAGACCUGGGAGGUACAGACCAAGGCACAGGCCCUGCUGCCCCAGGUCAGAUCCAGCCUGGGAAACUUCCCCCAGGCCCUGGGACCAACUCCAGUGAGGCUGCCGCAUAAAACCAGGAAGCUGCACUCGGCACUGGAGCGGAUGCUGGACCCCUCCUGGAAUCACAGAGUCUACAGACUGGCCAUCGCCAAACUGACCCCGCCCAUCAUCCCCUUCAUGCCCCUCCUUCUCAAAGACAUGACCUUCAUCCAUGAGGGCAACCGCACGCUGGCAGAGAACCUCAUCAACUUUGAGAAGAUGCGAAUGAUGGCCAAGGCCGUACGUAUCAUCCACCACAGCCAGAGCCACACGUAUGGUCCCAUCUCCCCGCUGCGGAGUCGUCCCCCCCAGCUGCUGGAGGACCCCCAGGCCCUGCGGAUCUCCACCUGUACGGAGCCCCACUCUCCUUACCCCUCAGGAGGCCAGGCUGCUUGGAGGGAUGAGCUCUGAGCAGUCCCUGAGCGGGCGGAGUCCUGCCCCCACCCAGGCCUACCUCCAGCACCUGAAAGUGAUCGACAACCAGAAGGAGCUAUCACGGCUUUCCCGGGACCUCGAGUCCUGAUGUUUGGGACCAGGGGCGGAGCAGGAGGGGCCAGGCUAGACCCUCCAAAGGGAACACUCCUCAGCCCACCAUCAGCACAGUGCCCCUGCCUGUCUGCAACUGGGCCAUUGUGCAUGCCCUCCACCUCCUGUGCAGUGCAAGCGCUGGCCAUGCACUCCGACUGUCCCCGCUGCAGAGGGACUCCACUGCAGGCCAUCUGCCAGACCGCCUGCCCAGCCAGGACCGGGGACCACUCGGUCUGCACCGUUCCUCUCAGACUGGGAGCCAGCUGGCUAGAGCCUGGAGCAGUAAUGGGCCAGCCCCAAUGAUGGCUUCUGCUAUGAAGAGAGACAGGGAGGGGCAGGACCAGGGGAAGAAGGGCUGGACACUCUGGCUUUAUCCACCGCCGUCAAUAGAAGUAUUUUUUGUACACA